GGUGGUGUGGGCCGGGCUAACCGUUUUCUCUUGGCCUUUGCUGCUGGCUGGACUUAUACCAGUUGACUGACGUAGCGGCCGGGUCGCCGGGAGACUUCCGAGUUCCGGUCCCCCCUCCACUGCCGGAGGAGGAGAUGGCCGUGCCGGCGCCCGCGAAGGUGGCGCGCGCGCUUGCGGCCUCGGCGGCGGUGCUCGUGCUGCUGUGGUGCGUCCGUUUCCGCGGUGGUCUCUCCCUCGGCUCCCCUGCCAACAAGGGCCUCAUCUUCAACGUGCAUCCUGUGCUUAUGCUGAUAGGAUUCAUCAUCCUAGGGAGUGAAGCCAUAAUGAGCUAUAAAAUACUGCCCUGGAGUCACGAUACAAAUAAGAUGGCUCACAUGGUUCUUCAUGCUGUUGCCCUCUUCCUGGGUUCUGUUGGGAUAUAUGCUGCCUUCAAGUUCCACAAUGAAAGUGGAAUUGCUAAUCUCUACAGCUUGCAUUCGUGGGUUGGACUUGGAACUAUCUGCCUAUAUGGCAUACAGUGGCUACUUGGCGUUACAACCUUCUUCUACCCUGGUGCUUCACCAACAGUCCGGCGCCGGAUGCUCCCGUGGCACGUUCGCUCUGGGCUUGUCAUCUACAUUCUGGCACUGUUUGCGGCAGAGUUGGGUUUCCUGGAGAAGCUCACCUUCCUCCAGGCGGCCGGCCUCGGCAGGUACAGCUCGGAAGCCCUGUUGGUGAACUUCACAGCUCUUCUCGUGGUACUUCUUGGCGCUUCUGUUGUGCUGUAUGUCACUGCCCCAAUGCACAACGAGCAGACGCAUGGGUAUUCAGCAGUGCACAAGACCUGAGCCACUGAUACUGCUGGUGUAUCCUUGUAAGAACCAAAUCCAAAUCAAAAUUUGCCCGGCCUUGUGUAUAAAUGUUGUUGAGACUUACAGUUAGUUCAGAUUUAGCGGGCGUGUAUAAAUGUGUAAUGGUACUGCAAAAUACAUUUCCCUCCAGGUUUAACAAUAAGAGUAACAGAAAGAUCUAUGCUGAA